AUGGCGGCCGCUGCCCGGGCUGAGGGGACGCGCAGACAGGACCCACCGAGCGCCGCGCCGGCCGCGCGCACACUGAGCCCCCGCAGCUCGCGCGGACUGCGGGGCCCGGCGGCCAAUCAGCGCGCGCGGCGCCUACCACCCGCGCGCGCGAAACGGGGGAGCGAGCAGGGCCUAAAAGGAGGCCUCCCCGCCUCCCCCUUCCCCCCCCGCCGCCGCCCGUCUCCAUGGCAGCGGCACCGCCGCAGCGCCUCGCGUUGCCGUGGCGCCCGCGCAGGCCUUCCGCCGCCGGCCGGAAGCGGGGCGCGCGGCGGCAGCAUGGCGGCCGCCUUCAGGCCCCCGCCCGCCGCCACCGCCCUCACGCUGCUGCUGUCGAUCGGCGUCUCCGCGCCCGGGCUGCUGCGGGGCCCGGCCGCCGCCCGCUCCGCCGCCUCGCUGCGGGCCGCUGCCCUGCGCGCGGGGGAAGUUCACAGGCUGCUCACCUACAUCUUCCUCUACGAGGACCUGGCCUCCCUGGCCUGCGGCGCCCUCAUCGUCUGGUACUUCGCCGGCGGCUUCGAGAGGAGCGUUGGCACGGCGAAGCACUGCUUCCUCACCGCCGCCUUCGCCAUCCUGGCUGCCCUCCUCUACCUCCUGCUCGAGGCCGUUGUCUCCAGGCUCUCAGAGGUGGAGGAGGCCAAAGGGUUCAUGCCUGUGGCCUUUGCAACCUUGGCCGUGUCCACCGCCCGCUCCCGGAUGAAGAGGUCUCUGCUCUUUGGGCUUCGAGUGCCGGUGGUGCUGGUGCCCUGGGUCCUGCUCUGCCUGGUGUGGUUUCUCCCCAGCUCUUCUCUGCUGAGUAACCUCUGUGGGCUCCUCACAGGGGCAGCCUAUGGCCUUGGCUACUGUUCCUGCUUGGAUUUCCCAGAGCCAGUGGCCUCCAAGCUAGACCAGAUGUUGCCUUUCAGCCUGCUGAGGAGGAUACCAGGGCUGAGAUACAUCCCAGGGUCCUCAGCAGAGAGAAGAGCCUUCCAAAGCUGCAAGCUCAUCCCCACGCCCGGCACCUACCCCACCCAGAGCUAUCCCUGCUCCUCGCCUCCAGCUCUUCCUGCUUCCCAGAUGCAGCAUCCCAGUGCCCAGAGACAGGGCUUUCAGCACAGCUCUGCUGCAGGACAUGGCCCUGCUCUGGGGCAGGAGGGGAUCUCCCCACAGCAGCACCUGUGCCCACCUCAGCCACACCCACCCACAGGCCUGGGCCUCCUGGCUGGGGCUCAGCAGGUGUCAGGGUGCCCAGCAGCCACAGUGGCCUCUGUUCCAGCAGAAGUGACCAGAGUGCAGGUGUACUGACCCUCCAGACAGCAGUGGGACUCUCAGGGGGGACCAUUGUGUGGUGCUAAGCUCCAGCAGCUGCUCCAUCACCCAGUGACACCUGCCCAGCAGAGGGGGAUCAGGAAGAGAAGACAGAACCAAAGAAUCACAGAACUGUUGCUGUUGGAAGAGACAUCCAGGAUCACUCAGACCAACACCAGCCCAGCACCACCAUGGCCACCAAACCCUGGCCCCAAGUGCCAUGGCCACUCCUUUCUGGAACACCUCCAGGCAUGGGGACUCCACCACCUCCCUGGGCAGCCUCUGCCAGUCCCUGACCACUCUUCCAGCAAAGAAAUUUUUCCUCAUCUCCAACCUAACCCUCCCCUGGCACAAUUUCAGGCCAGAUGCUCAGCUGGUGAAAAGAAAAUGGAUCUAAUGAAACAGCCAAGCUAAUCCCAAUCUGAAGUAUACAAAGUAAGCCAAAUAAAUGUGCA